CUCGCACGAUGACGUCACUAACAACAACAACCUCGACGUCAUAGUCAGCUGUUCCUCCGUACGCUCCAUAUUGUCAGGCACUCUUGCCCCCUUUUUAACGUGUCUGUUUUGCUGACCCUUGCCGCUAAAUAGCUGGAAGAGUAGAAAUGUCUUGUCUACUGGAAGAAGUUGCAGCUAUUGGCAGCCCAUCAGAAAUAGUGCAGUGGCUGUGUCCUCACUUAUAUCCUGGACGAGGGCAUGGAUCCCCUGUGCCAGGGACAGGCUCCACACAUCUAACAGAUAUAGACUGGAGUGAAGAAUGGGAUGGAUGGAAUGAUAUUGACCAUGGUGGAGGAAGAAAAUCUUUGUCAGUUAACAAUGAAGAUGGUGGUUCCCUGAAGAAGUCCUCUCCAUCUUCUCCAUCUCCACAGCCUGAGGCCUCUUGGCUUACAGAAUGCAUCACUGCCAUAUCUCCAACUUGUGAUAUCAUGGCUAUUGGCUAUAAGAACAGAUUGGCCAUUUUGUCCCGUCGGUGGGAAAACUUGGCAGAGGAAAAUGAAGGAAUGAAGCUCAUCACGACUUGGAGAGGCACAGUUGGAUAUGCCCCUAAUGAUGAAAUCAGUGCCAUGCUGUGCCUACCUCUCAUUUCCCAAAAGCAGAGCAGCACAGGAGGACCAGAUUGGACCUGCAUUAUUGUUGGCUUCACUUCAGGAUACGUUGCCAUGUAUACCGAGAAUGGCUUGGUGCUUCUGUCCCAACAAUUUGAAGAGCAGAUGGUGCUGAGCCUGACAUGCCGCACACACCCAGCUGGGAGCCCACUGGUGCUGGCACAGGAUGGAACGGAGGAGCUGGUGAUGUUGUAUCCUCGUGCCAUCACCACUAUUGAUGGCUUUUCCCUCUUCCAGACUCUUCGGGGCUGUAGGAAUCAAGUUGCUAAAGCUGCUGCCAGUGGGGGUGACACAGUGACUGUACCUCCACUUGGUUACAAGAAAUGGGGGCUGGUGGACCAGGGGAUGGUGAAAGACUGUGUUGCUCCAGGCUUAUGUCCCCCAUCCAUCUAUGACCACAUGGCUCAAACAUCUGUUGCUAAGGGUUUCAGCCACACUGUUUUCACAGCAGUGCCGGCCACUUCCUUGCACAUCACAACAGGUCGAGGACCAUUUGCAGGCUUCCUCACAGCACAUGAAGGCUCAGCACCUCCUUUCAUGGCUGAUGUGGCUCGCCAUUAUGCCAGCAAGCUGAAAGAUGCCCUCGUCUCAGCUGCCAGUGGCUGGCUGUUUGGGAAAAGCAAGAAUAAAGAAACUGAUCCAUCAAAGAUGAAACCAAAAAUUGAACCAGCAACUCCCUUGCCAUACAGAUGGUCCUUACCAGACAAGCCACGUCUAGGUCUCUCCAUUAGUAUGAGCUCCAGUAGGCGUCUGGCUACCAUAACAGAUGACUUGGGACGUGUCACUCUCUUAGACGUGCAGAAAGGCAUUGCUGUUCGAAUGUGGAAAGGUUACCGUGAUGCUGACUGUGGCUGGGUGGAGGUGGAGGGUGAGUGGGGUGGCACUAAGCGCUGGGUUACCUUCCUGCUUAUUUAUGCUCCACGUCGAGGUCUGCUGGAAGUUUGGAUGCCACAGCAGGGACCCAGGGUGGCAGCCUUUAAUGUUCCUAAACAGUCAAAAUUGAUCUACACUCCCCACACUCUACUUGGAGCCAACAGUAUGAGGGGUGUGCGGUGCAAAGUGUUUCCUGUCAUUUUCAUCACCCCCGAUGGUACAAUGAGUGAAGUGAACAUCCCCUUCCACCUUGCUCUGGGAGGGAAGACCAGUAAGCGUGCCCGAGACCUUCACCUGCUCAAGACCCUCAAGUCCCAUCUCAAAGGUGGCAAUGAGGAGAUGAUGUUGACAGUAAUGUCUGAGAUUAAAACAAUGACAGUAAGGAAGCAGGCUGUGCUGACCCUCAUCCUCUCACAGCACCUUACUGUAUCACUGCUGCACGGGCUUCUGGAUCUUUUUCUACCUAUCUAUGGUGUAGAGGAAGAAGUAGAAGCUAACAAAACACUGCGUUCACGAGUGUCGACUGAACCUGUUUACAACCGUCUGCUGCAGCACUGCCACCAUCUAUCAGGCGUUUAUGGCAGGGAGGAUAUUCACACUUUGGACCAUGAAAGCCGCCUAUUUGGGCAGCAGUUGGUGCGUCUGAGGCAGCUGCUGGAUUUGUACUUGGUGCUGAGCAAACUCCAUGCAGCUCGAGAAGCCUCUCCUGAUCCUGAGGAUGAUGUAUUGGUGGAGGAUUUGGCAAAAAUUUUAGUGCUGACACCUAAGGAGGUUAUAAAUGUGAUAACAACAUGUGGCUGUAAUGACCACUUCAAGACAGGCAACACUAAAAAGGUAAAGUUUUCUGAUGGGGACCUGGUCCUUAGUGUUGGUUCCUUCAUACGAUGUUGGGAUGUGUCUGUUGGGGUGCUGGCCAGAGACACAGGAACUUCAGCUCUGCCUGUUGAUCUGAAAGGAGAUAUACAAGUGGAGAAGAAAAUUAGGCUAGGUGAAUUGCUCUAUGGAUGGCAGUGGCACAGAGAGAGCAUCAGGAAGUUCCAUCAAGUAGUAGAGAAAAGUGGAGUCAUUCCUGAGUCGCUGCUACACCUGGCCUUGGAGCACUGGCUGCAGAGCCCCUCCCCUGACACUGUGGCCACUCUGCAUUUUGGCAUGGUGGUGCAUAUCUUGUCUUCCCUGGCAGAGAAAAAAAUCUUAUGUGAUGUGAGUGAACAGAGUGCAUGGUGGAUUGCUGUAAGGGACAAGCUUGUGGCCUCUGAGCAGCCUUUCCAUGCUUACAUGGCUGCACUACUUUGCCGAGGUGUCCAUGCCACCCUGGAAACCAAAGCUCAUCUGAACUGGGAAGACGACAAUGCAAAAACAGUAAAAAUUGGAAAGGAAGACAAGGAGGGCUGUAUACAAGCCACAGCCAAGUUCAUGUCUCUGAAUGACUGGGAGGGGUUAUCAAUGGAAAUGGUAGAGUGGAAUUUAGUGCUCUGGCAACUUGGAUGUUUGCUGCCUCUAAAUAGACUCUCCUCCUGUCUGCCAUCUAAUGGACCUGAGAAGAAAUUGAAGCUAGAAGUAUCUGUAAAAAAUUUACUGGAUAAGGGUAAAGGAUAUGUUGCUGAACUGGUAGCUAACUGGUUUAUUGGCUCUGGUAUACCCCUCUCAACCAUUGAAAAGAUACUUACAAAGCAUGAUGAACAGACAAGAAAGAAACAACAAUUUGAUGCAGGGGAAGAUGAAGAGGAGACCAAGACUGUGUCAGAUGAAGAAGUAUCUUGUGAAGAAAAAGCAGAUAGUGAACUUGGCAAUCAUGGGGAAAUAUUCAAUUUGCUGGUGAAGGUCGGGGAUAAAUUCCCACACUCAGUGGCAGGUGAUUCAGUGCUCACAAACAUGGCUUGGGAGUUGGCUGCUGCCUGGCACAAGAACCCAGAUGAUGUUACUAAGUUGUCACUGGCUGUUGCUCACAUUGGAGAAAUAAAGAACUCCCAUAUCAGGCAUGGAGUUUCUGUGAUGAUAUGGGAGACAUGGGUCAGCAGAAGUAUCCAGUCUGCCUUGGGAUUGGUGGAAAAAGUUGGUCGUCUCCCGAAAGAUCGAUUAUGUCGUCGGGACCUUGGGCUUUGUGAACACAGUUUGGCAUUAGUGUUCAAAGCAGCAUCAGAGCUAUUAGAACAAGUGUUAGAGGCUAAUGUAGUGUGUGAAGUGGAGAAACCGCUAGUGUUGAGUGCUGACAGGUUCUGGAGUGGUCAGGAAGGAUCACCUUCUUUGGUGGAGCUCACCAUCAUGCAAAAGAUGACCUGUUAUGAUCUUGUGUAUCAUCAUCACCAGCUUCUUUCUGUCCUGUUCUUUAUUGCUCAUCACAACCUCAAGAACAUGAAGCCCCUCUCCUGUUUUGAUGGCAAGGACUCAGGAAGCUUGCGGUGUACAGGAGUGUCUCUGAAGCAGAGUCUGGAGCUGCUGAAUCAUGCACUGCACUUGCUGGUUGAGGGAUCUCAGGAGUACCGAAUGGCCACUGCACUUCAUCAGACCUUCUCAGCUUUCAUCCAAGAUGAGGAGGCUGAUUUACCCACCUAGCAGAGCCUAUAAACUAUAUGAUUUACUAUUGUUAUUUAUGUUACUGGAGUUUACUAUAUACUAAUGAUAGAAAAUAUUUGGGAAGUGUUUAUUUAGUAUAGAAAUACAAAGAAACCAUAUAUAAAAAUGAAAGGCAGCUUUUGGAGAUUCAGGGGCCUUUAAUUGCUUGACUUUUUUUCUUGAUAAGAGUUCAGGAUUAAGUUUAGUAAAUUAAAAGUAACCAUAAGCAAAAUAAAAUUACAAAUGAAGUACACAUAUUAGUUUUCAGAUUUAUUUGUAAUAGUUGUCAAAAUCAGAGUGAUUUACAAUUGUAUGUUACUUGUUCAAGAUCUAGUAUAGUAUUGUCUCUUGAAAGCUACAAAAACCACUCCAAGACAACAACAAAUCAUCUUUUUAUUUUUUCACAAGGAUAUUCGAAUACUCAAAGCUUGUGUAUACUGAACAUAGUAUGUACUUCCUUCCUUGUUAAAUCUGUAUGUUAUUGGAUUGAGAUAUUUAAUAGCUUUUAUAUGAAGCCUGGUAAUAAAGGUUAUGCAAUUGCAUACUGAAUAAACAUACCUUUCAUUGUGGUCAAGGGUAUUUUUUUGCCAUAAUUUUUCAAAGUAACCUUAAUUAUAACAUUUUGUGUCUCUUGCUGGAAAGGAUUUGUUUCCAUUAAAUUCAUAUGAAGCUUUAAUUAGUAAUAUGUACAUUUUUUUAAUAAUUGCCACAAUAUAUAAGAUUUGUAAA